UGUUUACGUUUCCUCACUUCCGUAGCUGCAUACAGCGGAAUAACGUUUCUUAUCUAACGUUAAAUCCCCAAAUUUGAGAAGAAACUAUCGGUCAUGUCUCUGAUUUUUAACAUAAGUAUUAGAGAUGCCUGACAGAUAAUUAUUAUUAAGGUCUUCUGCUGUCCACAGUAGGCGCUGUAUCGCGAGUUUUCCACAUCUUUCAUCGCAGGCAAAGCUAAAGCUAAAGCUAGCGGUGUGUUAGCUGCGGGUCAGCUGCAGUGGACCUGAUUUAAUAAAACGUCGCCUGAUCCGCAUUUUGUCCAGUGUUAAUUUUAGAUAUCAAACAAGGCAGUCAUGGCCACUAGGCGUCUGACCGAUGCCUUCUUGUUAAUGCGGAACAAUGCAAUCCAAAACCGGCAGAUAUUGGCUGAGCAAGUGAGUACAUACGACCCCCGUCUGAGUACACGUAGCAAUGCUGCGGAGCUUGAUGAGUUGGCUGAUGAUCGAAUGGCCCUGGUGUCAGGAAUUAGUCUGGAUCCUGAAGCAGCCAUUGGAGUCACCAAGAAACUUCCCCCCAAAUGGAUAGAGGGGGUUGAUGAGAUCCAGUAUGAACUCACACGUAUUCGGCAGAAGAUGAAGGAUCUGGCCUUACUUCAUGACAAGCAUAUGAAUCGGCCCACACUUGAUGACAGUAGUGAGGAGGAGCACGCCAUAGAAAUCACUACUCAAGAGAUCACACAGAUGUUUCAUCGAUGCCAGCGAGCUGUAACGGGUCUGCAGUCUCGUUGUGGCCACUGCACCGAGCAGGAGGAGAGGCUAUUGAGAAACGUGGUCUCGUCCCUGGCACAGAGCCUGCAGGAGCUGUCCACCAAUUUCAGGCACACACAGUCCGGCUACCUAAAACGGAUGAAGAAUCGCGAGGAGAGAUCAAAGCACUUUUUUGACUCUGGACCCCUAAUGGAAGAGGAUGAAGAUUUAGCUGUAUAUGACAAGGGGUUCACAGAUGACCAGCUGAUGCUGGUGGAACAGAACACAAUUAUGGUGGAAGAACGAGAGAGGGAGAUCCGACAGAUAGUGCAGUCCAUCUCAGACCUGAAUGAGAUAUUCCGGGACUUGGCUGGAAUGGUGGUGGAACAGGGCACCGUUCUUGACAGAAUUGACUUCAAUGUGGAGCAAUCUUGUGUGAAAACAGAAGAUGGUCUGAAACAGUUACAAAAGGCGGAACAGUAUCAGAAGAAAAACAGAAAGAUGCUGGUCAUUUUGAUCCUCUUUGUGAUAGUCAUGGUUCUAAUUAUUAUUCUUUUUGGAACAAAGUUUUAAUUAUGCAUUCCUCUGGCUUUUUGUUUUCUGUGUGGGUGUUUGUUGUGCAUCUGUGUGGACUUGGACUUGGUCUCGGUUCUACUCAAAACAAAGCUGACUGCCUUUCAUACCCGCCAGGAAACUUUAAGGAGAAUUCCUCGUCCCUUUGCAGGUGCACUUUGGGCUGUCUGGAGAUAUUUUGUGGUUGAUUUUAAUGAAAGAAACAAUCAACAAUCUGUUUGAGUCGUGGCUAUUCUAUCAAGUCACUCGUACCCUUUGCCAAGACUGUGUGACGGAGGUUUGUCAAAUCCGACUACGUUGACAUACGAUAUGUGUCUUAACAAAUGAGAACACUUUGUGGUGUAUAAAAAUGGACUACUAAUGUUUAAAUGCUGAAGCAGAGUGUUCUCUUCUUCAACUCAAAGCACGAAUUGUGAUGUUUGUUGUGACAAUGCAUCAUUUCUGUCCAGUUUCAUAGCAAACAUUUAGUUUCUGUGUGCAAGAUGUGACAAGAACGAAUGUUUGUAAAAGAGAAACAAUCAUUAGAUCCCAUUUCACUGCAAAUUUAUUUUCAUUCCAACAUUAUAUUUACGUCCCAGCUCAGUAUUUUACCUUGAAUGAUGAAAAAAGAAAAUUGUAUAAGGACAGUACCAGAUAUGAUUAGACUAGUCAUUCAGUACCAAAAAUAUUCCUUUGGUUUAAGGACCACCUGUUUUGUUUUGUAUUUUUAAUCCCUUCACCCCCAAAUUUAACAAGAAUACUGAGACCUGUUGGCCUGAGGAAGACGUAGUCAGACGUGAGCUUCCUCCAACUCAUCCUGUAAUUUUGAAGUCAUCCCUGUGUCACACCUGCUGCACUUUUCAUGAAGUGCUCAUUUUAAAACAAUUAACUGUUUAUGUUUUCAAUGGUCCUUGCUUAAAGUGCUACCUUUUUUAAACUCUUGCAGUUUGCACAUACUGAGGCCUGAGGGGAAGGCCAACUUUUAUUCCUAGGGUGGUAUAGGCAUGACCCACCCUACUCUCCCUCUGACUGGCUAGUACUCGUUGCCCUCGUGGGCUGGAUUGCUUGGGUUUAGGAAUGUGGAGUGAGAUGGGCUGGGAUAACAGCGUCAGUGUUAGCAAAUCUAAGACAGAGUAGAGCAGGUCGUGCCUUUACCACCCUAGGAAAAGAAGAACUUGCGAGGGGGAGGGUGGUUGUGUUAUGGAUGUAAUACUACUGUCAUCUGUAUGAUGAAAAAAAUAUUUAUUUUGUAAUAACUUCAAAUAAUCAAGAGUUUCAGAGGUGUUCUGUCUCAAGCAGAAUCACUGUAUACCGAGUAAAGUGUAUCUGUAGUCUAAACCCAACAGUUAUUGUCCACUCCACUGAGAAAACUGUGAUGUAGUCCAACACAAGCAGACAUAUGAAGACAGCAUUAUGAUUUAUUUUUUUCUUGUCAGAUUGGACACAUUAAAUUUUAGUUGGCUGUGUUGGAAUUUCUUUACGUGUUCUUGUGUUCUAUAAAGACUGACAAGCGGAAAUGAUGAAGAGCUUUAUUUAACAUAUCUGUACUCAGCUCUACACUUUAUACAUCUGUCGAAUCAUCUUUGUCAUUGAUGUGAAGUUAUGUGUGAAAAAUGGUUGUCUUAGUGGUACUCUACUUAAGUUUUGUUUCCCAGACAAAACGGUGAGGAGACAGCAACUUUUUUUUAAUAAACCUGGAACAUGA